UGGUCAAUCGUCUCAUAUUUUUUUUUUUUGUUUUAAUUCAGCCGACCUCACCUUUUUUAUUCAUUUUAAUUUUUUCUAUCUAUUUAUUUAUUUAUUUUUUCUCGCUUCACCCCCUUCACCCCACAGGUGGGAUAACGCCAACUCUGCCGCCCCUGGAGGAUAUAGAAGGAUAGAGCGCUGUGAACCAAAUUCAGUACAAACGAUCGAUUGCGAAUACAAUUACCGCCGAUACGAACAGAGAAUAUUAUCUGCCAAUGUUGUCCCCGAACUUUAACGACACCCAGAAACUGUACCAAAUUUAAAACAUCACUAUAUACAUAUCGACCCGGGAAAACCCCAAGCAGCAUGUCCAACCAAGGGCCCCCGAAACAACCCAAUGAGGCGAAGCAAGAGGGAUUUGCGAAGUACCUCCAACGAAUGAGGACGGUGUUGAGGAAAGGCUCAUCUUCAAAGUCUGAAUCUGCAUCCACUUCUCAGGAAACUAGUGGACAAGCUUCACCGUCUAAGUCCGCGCCUCCAAAAACUACUGCUGCCCCUAAAACAACUACCGCUCCAGCGAAGGAUACCACCACCAAAUCUGGUCCCGAACCGACCGUGUUCAAGCAUUGGGGAGCUAUUCAGGAGGAGAAGGCUCGUGCUCUGUUCGCCAAGUAUGGAUUGACUCUGGAACCCGGAGAAUGGAGGUCGCCCACCGACACCGAGGUUCAACGUGUGGCCAAGCCGAUUCGCAUGCGAGUUCGUCGCACCUGUCACCGCUGCCAGACUACGUUCGGAAUCGAUAAGCUUUGCACCAACUGCCAGCAUGUCCGUUGCAAGAAGUGCCCCCGCUACCCGCCGCAUAAGUCGUCGCAUGAUCAUCAAAACGAGUCCGCCCUCCAAACUAUCCUCUCGCAGAAGGGCAAGGAGCCGGCCGAUGCGUCGCGCAAACCUAAAGAACCCCCGCUUACACUCCCAUCCCGUACCGGCGGCCAGGAUGUCAUACGCAAAGAAGUCAAGCAGAGAAUACGUCGCACUUGCCACCGUUGUUGCACGACGUUCGCGCCGGACGCCACGGAGUGUGAGAAUUGCCAACAUACCCGGUGCAAGAAGUGUCCUCGAGAACCGGCUAAAUUGGACAAAUAUCCUGAUGGUUAUCCUGGAGAUGUGGAACCUCCUGCAGAACCCCCAGCACGCACGUGGAAGAAACCACGUCUACGGGUGCGAUACACCUGUCAUAAGUGUUCGACCAUGUACCGGUCGGGAGAAAAGACUUGCUUGAAUUGUGGUCAGGAGAAGUGCUCGGAAACCAUACGAGACCCACCCAAGAAACAAAAGCCAGAACCAGACCCGGAGGUAGUGAGACGGGUGGAAGAGCGAUUAAGGGUUACGAUCAGCACUGGCUAGAAAUGCAAUUGGAGGGGUUUUAAUUGUCUCAAAACGCCUGUGCGGUGUUGGCAUGAUUUCUCUUCUCACUAUAGCAACACUACUAUUGUCCACUCCUUUCUGACUACAAUAUCAUUUGGUACGGUGGAGCAGGCUCCCUACGGAAUCUCUCCGUAUCAAUUCCUCAUUUGGAAACA